AUGCGCAAGGACAAGAAAGGUCGCGCGGCAUCGCUUGCUAAUGGCGGUUUUGGAGCAGACAAAGACACUCAAGACAAUGGACAACAUGCAUCUGACGCCUCCCUUUCUGCUGCAGCAGGCACCAUCUCUCCCUCCGCCGCCUAUGCCAAAAAUGCCGCUCAGCAUCUCACCGCCGCCAAUCAGUCAAGCCCUGUCAUUCCCUCCGCCUCAGAUUUCCUCUCAACUGCUGCUGCCACGCUCUCUCCUACCUAUGCCUAUCUGAACCCUUCCGCUCAGCAUCUCACCGCCGCCAAUCAGUCAAGCCCUGUCAUUCCCUCCGCCUCAGCUUUCCUCCCAACUGCUGCCGCCACGCUCUCUCCUACCUCCGCCUGUCUGAACCCUUCCGCGCAGCAUCUUACCUCCCCAUGCCAGUCAAGCUCUGGCCUCCUCUCCGCCUCCACCUCCCUUUCUGCUGCAGCCAGCACUCUCUCUCCUGCAGCCGGCACUCUCUCUCCCUCCGCCGCCUAUCAUCUCACUGCCGCCAACCAGUCAAGCCCUGUCAUUCCCUCCGCCUCAGCUUUCCACUCAACUGCUGCUGCCACGCUCUCUCCUUCCUCCGCCUGUCUGAACCCUUCCGCGCAGCAUCUCACCGCCCCAUGCCAGUUAAGCUCUGGCCUCCUCUCCGCCUCCGCCUCCCUUUCUGCUGGCACUCUCUCUCCUACAGGUGGCACUCUCUCUCCCUCCACCGCCUAUAUCAACAAUGCCACGCACCAUCUCACCGCCGCCAAUCAGUCAAGCCCUGUCAUUCCCUCCGCCUCAGCUUUCCUCUCAACUGCUGCCGCCACGCUCUCUCCUUCCUCCGCCUGUCUGAACCCUUCCGCGCAGCAUCUCACCGCCGCCAAUCAGUCAAGCCCUGACAUUCCCUCCGCCUCAGCUUUCCUCUCAAAUGCUCCCGCCACGCUCACUCCUUCCUCCGCCUGUCUGAACCCUUCCACGCAGCAUCUUAGUGCCUCCUCCCAAAUGCAGCUGCCCGGCUCUCUCCCUCCGCUGCCUAUGUGCACUUACUAUUCCUGCACAGGCCAGGCCUGA